UGAAGUAGCAAUGACAUCGAUUGUUGUUGUUUCUCUGGGCAACUGAUAUUGAAGUUAGAUACCGGUACAUUUGUUGCCAUUGCGUAAUCGAAUAUUGGACAUAGCGCGCGGACUAAAUCGCUGCUGAACGAACGCUACAUUGUAUCAAAUGCGAUGGGUGCUGCAUCGAGCACAGAGGGUGAAAGGGAACCUCUUCUUGUUCCUCCUGACAGCGAGACGAGCAUUCAGCCAGUUUACAGCCAAGUCUACGGGAGAAGAUGGCUGGUUCUGACUCUGUUUUCCUUGUUGGCGUUCAUGCAAGGGGUAGUAUGGAACACCUGGGGCCCAAUUCAGAACUCUGCCAUGCAUGCGUACGAUUUCAACAAAUCUGACAUCGCCGUGCUUGUUCUUUGGGGGCCAGUGGGGUUCGUGCCUUGGCUGCUAUUUAUAUGGCUAAUGGACAAAAAGGGUCUGCGGGUGUCUCUUCUACUGUCAGCCUUCUUCAUGGUGAUUGGGGCAGCGCUGCGAAGUGUCCCUGUACCAGAGCAACAUCUAAGACGAUGGUUAAUACACGCCGGUCAGCUGCUGAAUGGUUUGGGUGGUCCAACCAUAAUGAGUGCCGGCCCCCUCCUCUCCACCACAUGGUUCGCUCCGGACCAACGAGCCACAGCCACCGCUGUCGCCUCAUUGGUGAGCUACCUGGGGGCGGCGUGCUCCUUCAUUGUCGGUCCACUGCUUGUGCCCGCCCCCAACGACACCACACGUGCCAUGGUGAACCGAGCCGACGUUUCGACAGACACCCAGAUGAACCACAUACGAGACAGAAUCCAACUGGUUUUGUAUGCAGAGUUUGGUGUGGUGGCGAUGCUGUUUGCUGCGGUGCUGCUCUACUUCCCAUCCCGACCCCCCAUGCCUCCCAGUGUGGCUGCUGCCAGCCAGAGACUCAGCUACAGGAGCAGCAUCUGCAAACUACUCAGUAACUUCCGGUUCCUGAUGAUAGCAUUGGCCUAUGCGGUGCCUACAGGGGUGGUGGCAGGCUGGUCAGGAGUUCUGGACAUGAUCCUCACCCCUGCCAGAGUCAGCCAGGUGGAUGCUGGCUGGAUCGGGUUCUGGUCCAUUGUGGGUGGCUGUGUGUUUGGAGUGGCCAUGGCCAGGUUUGCAGAUUCUAUCCGGGGCAUGCUGAAGCUCAUCCUGGUCCUGAUGAUGGCUGGUGCUUCCCUGGCCUCCACCUGGUUCACAUUAACCUGCCUGACCAGGCUCACACACCUACCCUCCACUGCAGCUACUCUUUACACCUCCUGUAUCCUGGUGGGCAUCUUCAUCAACAGUAGUGUGCCCAUCUUCUUUGAGCUCUUCAUCGAGACCGUGUACCCCGUGCCAGAGGGCAUCACCUGUGGCGUGGUCACCUUCCUCGGUAACCUGGUCACCGGCUGCCUCCUCUUCUUCCUCACCUUCUACAGCACAGAGUUGUCGUGGCUAAACUGGUGUUUGACGGGCUCCUGUGCCUUCAGCCUCGUCCUCAUCCUCUUCUUCAGGGAAUCCUACGACCGCCUCUACCUAGACGUCUUUGUCUCAGUCUGACACACACAAAAAGACUGGAACAAGAGGAGAACAAAGACAGGAACAUUUGAAACGCACUGCACAAAGAAGAAGAGGAAGAAAAAUGGAUUUCAGAAGUGCAACCUUGCGCUCUUUUACGUUUUAAGUAUAGCUGUAGGUGUAAUCUUGUAAUAUGACGGUGGUCGGUGAUUCAUUGUGAUUUCCUUGUAGCCAAUGAGAAGCGCCAGCCAAGGGCCUCAGACAAUUAGUCAUUAAUGUUAAGUCUUUAUAACUGUCGGUUUGGCCAGUUGGUCCUCUGACGCAGCAUUGUCUUGUCUUUUUUAUAAUGUAAACUACAGUGGGACCUGGUCAUGGUAUGAUGAGGGACUGUUGUUGUCUAAAGAUGCACCCUGUGGCAGGUGGUUUCCCUGUGGCCUGUUGGUCCUCUGAUCUUAAUGAGAGAAGAGAGGCCUGAUUGGCUGAGUAGCUCUAGCAGCCAAUCAGCAAGCCCCACCAGUCUGUGCUAACAAGGGACCGUAUAGCAUUUUAGUGUCACUCAUAACUGCUGGUUAUGAAUUGCACGGGGCUAAAACUAUCAAACUAAGCUGUUCUGUAGAAUUACCUGUGAUAUUACAUGUCUUUUAAUAGUGACAAAUGGUCACCUUUUUUUACUAUAUCCCCCUCUCUCAAGACUUAUGCAAGACAUUUUUUCUCCCUAUGGGAUUGAAUUGAUUGCAGGCCGUGCAGGUUCCUGCCAGUGUAGUCGACUAUGAUUGGACACCACCCUGGUGCACGCCAGUGUCUUGAGAUUUGAUUGGAUGAGCCGCAGAGACCGCCUUGCUCUGCAUGCAAAGUCACUGCUUUAAACUCUCCUCUCUGUGUGUGUCGAGGCUCUGCUGCGCGGGUCUCAUGGUGUUCCCACACAGUCCGUUUUAAUGAGCCGUUCAGAAUAUGGACGUUGGAAGUAGUAGUUUCCUCGUGUCAUUCUGACCUUUCAGCUGACAACAGGAGUCAGAUAUUUUUGUUUUGAGUUGGUUAAUAUGCAGACGAACAUUUCAGAAUUGUCAAAUGUUUUUUGUUGUUGCUGUUUACAGUUUGUUAAUACUAUAUAGGAGAUUUUUGAAUUUUGAACUAAACUUGUUUCAGUGAGAAAGGCAUGUUUUUUAAAAUGGUUUUAACAUGAAAUAUUUCUCAGUAGAAAUGUCCAUUAUUAUUACAGAUGUAUUUACUGAGGGAUCAGAACACUAACACAGUAGAUGCAGAGACAAAUACAAAGACUGUCAUGAAAUAUGUGAAUACCGCUGUUGCACAGCUGAGACUGUGGCUGAUUCUGUGGAAACCACAAACUGUUAAGUCACCAUGAAGCUGCUCUACAUCUAACGCAUAGCGUUCACCAGCAGUAGUCACUGUGGUGAGGACACUGACAAAAAGAGGCAGGUAGUGGUUCGGUAAGCACCUCCUUGCCUGGACGGUCAGGGUUGGACUUGGAGGAGAUGCUUACUUUCCCACGGAGAAAUAACACAUAUUGAACUGAUGUUUAAUAUGAAAAAGAGAGGGAACGGGAAAGAACCACCUUUGUCCAGAUUGUGGAGUGACUGGUCCUGAAAGGCACUAAUCUACAAGGGACUUGAACUGGGCAUUUAUUUUUUCAACAUGCCCCCUGCCCGUGCACAAGUGGGGGGUACUCCCCAAAACCACUCACCAACUCCCAUUACUCGGCUGUGCCACAGAAAAUGUUUUUCCUGGGUGAUAAGGUAUAUAGUAUGUACAGUUGAAGUCAGAGGUUUACACCUUAGCCAAAUACAUUUAAACUCAUUUUUCCACAAUUCCUAACAUUUAAUCCUAGUAAAAAUUCCCUGUUUUAGGUCAGUUAGGAUCAUCACUUUAU